AGCAGUCAGUGAUGAUCGGGCCGGCAUGGGGCGAAGUCUAGUGAUAGUGUUGUGUGCCCUGUGGUGCUAUGGGGAGGCAGACAGGUGCGAGAAAAUCACCAUACCUAUGUGCCAGGAGCUUGGGUAUAAUCUGACAGUUAUGCCUAAUUUCGUCGGACACGAGGAUCAGCUGCAGGCGGAGAGAGGGCUACAGGCCUUCAUGCCUCUUGUCCACUACAACUGCUCACGCCACCUCCGUUUCUUCUUGUGCUCCGUGUUUGCCCCGCUGUGCUCCGAGCAUGUCAUCGGAGCCAUCCCCUCGUGCCGUAGUCUCUGUGAGGAAGUAGAGGCUGACUGUCGCCCUGUCAUGGACACCUUCGCUUUUCCUUGGCCAGCACUCUUCAACUGUUCCAGGUUUCCAAUCCCAGAGAGAAAUGGGCUAUGUAUGCAGUUCCCCAAUGCCAGUGAAGAUAGGGGGACUGUGAAGAGCGGGGGUUGGCCUGAGGCCCCCGCAGGUGUGACUGCCCCCCGCCACCAGUGUCCUCCGGAUUUUACCCGGACGCGAGAACCAACCUCAGUCUCCUGCAGUCCCAAAUGUGGCCGGGAUGCUUACUACAGACAUGAGGACAAGUUAUUUGCUGAACGCUGGAUGACAGGCUGGGCCUGGUUGUGUUUUGUCUCUACUCUCUUCACACUGUUGACAUUCUGGGUGGAGCCUGCGAGGUUUCGCUACCCGGAACGUCCCGUUGUGUUCCUGGCUCUCUGCUACAACGCAGUGUCUCUCGUGUACAUCAUCCGAGGCUCUGUGGGUCCCGAGGCCUUCACCUGCACCUCCGCCACGGACGGGGACGACAGCUACGUAGCCAAAGAUGGCCUGGAGACUGCUCCGUGUACUGUGGUGUUUCUCCUGCUAUACUACUGCGGAUUGUCUGCUAGUGUUUGGUGGGUGGUGUUAGCCACAGCAUGGUACCUCUCAGCAGCCAAGAAGUGGAGCAGUGAGGCAGUACAUGGCCUAGCCUCGUACUUCCACGUGGCCGCAUGGGCGUUCCCCGCAGUCCUGGCACUCCUGGCCCUCGCACUACAUCGUGUCUCCGCCGACGAACUCACCGGGCUGUGUCAAGUAGAUGAGUUGUCCUCCAUCACUUUCCUGGUGAUUCCCCAUGGAGUUAUGUUGGGUCUCGGCUGCAUCGUGGCAUGUCUCGGUGCAGCGGCUUUGGUCAGAGUGAGAACCGAAUUGAGGCAAGCGGGAGGAAGUACAGCUAAACUUGAACGUUUGAUGACUCGACUGGCUGUGUUUACAGCGCUGUAUGUACUCCCUGCGUUGGCAGCAUUGGCUUGUCUAGUGUACGAGGCGUGGCAUCGCCCCAGGUGGCGUUCUCUGGCACUACUCUCCGCCCUGGACUGUAGUGCUGCUCCUGGCUGUCCCCCGGGACCCUCCUAUCACUCUGCAGGUGUGGAGGUUGUGCUGCUACGAGUGUUCCUGUCACUUGUCGUGGGAGUGACGUCUGGGAUGUGGGUCUGGUCUGGUAAGACCUGUAGAUCUUGGAGUAAACUGUUCACAGCUCCGAGAAAGGCUCGGCCUGUCCCCAUAACUAGAGUGUGAUAUUGUAAAUAUUAUAUAUGUUCAUGUAUAUUUACUGUAAAUGUUGUAAUAUUUUGUGUUGUACUUUUAAUGAUACUGAAUAGACUGAAUUUGUAAAAAAUAUUUAUUUUAAAAUCUUUAAUUGAAAAUGCUGUCUGUAACAGUGUAAUGUUCUGAUGUUAUUUUAAAGUGAAAAUUUGUAUUUCUUGUGCCAAAUUGAAUUAUUUCCCAAUCAAGUUAGCCUGAUAUCCUGACAAAAAAUAUUAAAAACCUUGUAUUAAAGUUGUGUAGUUUAGUUGCCUUCUUCAUUCGUUUGGUGCUUGCUGUGUAUUUAUCGUUUAAUUUUUACACUCUUCAAGUUUCACCUAACCAAAAGUACCACUUGCUUUAUAAAAAUAGAAAUAGAUUUCACUAUUAAGUUUGUAAAAAUGUAAAUCCUUUGGUAAUUUAAGUAUAAAUAAUGUUCUUUUACAAACUAGGAUUAUAUUAUCUAUUAUUUUUUAACAGAUGAUCUUACAUUAGUGUAAAUAAAAAUGUGCCUUAUUUAUUGUACAAUAUGAAACGCUUAUCAACUUGACAAUUAAU